UCUGCCCUUUAUAUAAGAAUAGUAAAGGGAGGAAGUUAUUUUUCCAUUCUACAGGUUACUUCAGCACCUUCCACCACUGGUGUCUCUGGCAACUCCUCAGCAGUCAGUGAGCAUUCAGAUUCCACCCUUCAUCUUGUGUCUUAUCAAAGAAAAGACGUGUGAAACACUGGUGGUAGUCUUGGGUAGAGAUUUUUGUCCACAAUGAUGCAUGUCCCAAACAGAAGUAUCCAGGCUGUCAACGUAGUUUUCUCAUCUAUAGCCAUACUCAUGAUGGUAGCUGGACUCAUCAUGGACAACUGGGUGGAAUUGAUUCCCAAAGUGAGAAAAGAUAAGACUACCCACAGUCCGUGGCUGGGUUGCUGUCCUGCUUUAUGGCCUGAAGACAGCCUGAGGAUGAUCAGGCGCACGAUGAUGAUGAGUCUCAACAUUUCCAUCUAUCUUAACUUGAUCUUAGGUCUGCAGUUAACCUCUAUGAUUCCUCAAAAUAAGUGCGUGCACCUCUUUGUUGGCUUCCUGAGUUUCUUCACAGGUUGCCUCAUGUUUUAUUCAAUCACUAUGUAUCAUCACAAGCUAAAUAAAGGUGAACAUGUAUACUUUAUUAGUUAUAAGAUCAAAUGGAUCAUUUUCACGGCCUACUUAGCCAUCGCAUCCCUUCUCACUUGUGGUAUCUUCUGUUUUGUACAGUGCACAAACAGAUGUGCCUGCAUGAAAUUCUGUAUACCACACAGAGACAGUAAUGGCAGAAGGCUGUCUGGGAGUUCAAUCCAAGUUAUUUCACUUCCAGAGCGCACCACAAUGCCUCGGAGCAUUGUCCAUGUACACUCUAUGUCCUCAAAGGAUGGUAAUAUGAACAAAACACAUGUCCAAGCACGCCGUGUGACCUGGGCUCUAUAACCUAACAAUCUGUACCUUUCAAUACUUCCUGCACAUUGCUAUGGAAGCA